AGCUCAGCCGGCUCCUCCUCGAGGGAUUGAGCUGAGGUUCUGGGCUCCCCUGUCCCUGUCCCUGUCCCUGGAGGAUGCUGAUGCUGGUGCCCAUCGGGCUCCGAGCGCUGGUCCUGCUCUGGGCGCAGACAGGAGUGACCACAGGGAAAAUUGCAGACUCGCAGACUGGACAGGAGGUGGCCUGCAUGGUGGCCUGCGAAGAGACAGCAGAGCCACACCUCCCUGUGGGCACCAGAUACACCUACCUAUUCUCCAGCAACACCAGCACCAGCCUGAAGGGGGAGCCACUGGAGGCGAGCGGCCUGGGCCUCCAGGGUUUGGCUGUCCUUGAAGUGCUAGGCCCAUGCCAGAUGACCUUAUGGUUUCAAGACUUCCAGGUGACGUCUGUUCUGGGGCCCCAGGUGAAGGUUCUGAAGGAAUCAGAGAGUUUGAGUGCUGCUCUGGGCCACAAUCCUCUUGGCUUCAUCUUCAGUGCCGGGCAAGUGGUCCACUUGUGUCCCCACCACUCUGAGCCACGCUGGGCCUUGAACGUGAAGCGAUCAGUUCUGAGCCUUGUGCAGAGCUGUCCGGGGGUCCACGAGUCUAAGACCUUUGAGGAGGAAGACAUCCUGGGCCGGUGUCCCACCACAUACCAGAGCCAAGGGGAUCAGCUGCUCAAGACGAAGGACUUGGCUCUGUGCUCCCUGCCCACAGCCUACUCCUCCCUGUACAGUCAGCCCCUGCCUGGGAUGUCCAGUCUAGCUUCCAGCUUCAACUGCCGGCAGAGCUUCCAGGCUGGUGUACUGCGCGAGGCUGCCUGUGAGGAGCGGUACGCGGCCGGACCCCUGUUCCAGAAGGCCAGCGCUGUGCACACACUGGUGUUCUCCUCCCUCACACUGCUGCGCGUGGUAGCCCAGGACCCAGCCACCACAGAUCCACCUGAUACAGACUACAAAGACGUGAGUCCCAGCAGCCUGCAGUACGAAUGGGAGGAGACACCGUCCCCAGCCACAGUGGCCACGGCAGCUGCAUUAGUGAGGAGGCUGUGUGUGGCUCAGCCUACCAGCUUUGAGGCCACAGAGACAUUCCUGAUGCUGGUGUCUGAGCUCCAAGGCCUUUCUGUGGAUGAGCUGAUUGCAGUCUGGCGCCAUUCACCUUUUAAAUGCCAUGAUGACCGGCAUCCACUGGUAGACGCUCUGCCUUCCUGUGGCACCCAGAACUGUGUGGGCCUCAUGAAACAGCUCAUCUUGGCGAGGGAGGUGGAGGCAGACCAGGCUGAGGCAUGGCUGUGGUCGCUGGCCUUCAUCCCAAAGCCCACAGAUGCCAUGGUGCUUACACUGUUGCCACUGUUGCAGUCUCCAGGGGCCAGCCCAGGGGCCUUCCUUGGCGUCUCAGCUCUGGUACACAACCUCUGUGCUGCUCUGGAUGGGCACUGCCAACAGCUACCUGGAGUUGGCUCCCUUGUGAAGAUUCUGGGAGAGGCUUUGGGUGUGAACUGCAGCUUCCCGGAGCCUGCGGAUGCUGGUCAGCUUCAGCUUGUACUGAAGGCCAUCGGCAAUGCUGGUCUGGCAGCAGCAGAUCUCGCCCCUGUGCUGAGCGCCUGCGCAUCCCUGAGGGGCGUCUCUCCGGAGAUCCGGCUGGCGGCUCUCCAGGCCUUCCGGAGGAUCCCUUGCUCUGCAGACAGGUCAGUGCUCUCUCACCUGUACCAAGCUCCCGAGGAGGACGCAGAGCUCCGAAUCAAUGCCUACCUGGCUCUGAUGAGGUGCCCCAGUGAGGAGGUGUUUGCCCAGGUGCGGCACACACAGGCAACCGAGCGAUCUACCCAGGUGGGCUCCUUUGUGUGGAGCCACAUCCUGCAGCUGCUGGAGACGGAUGAUCCCCUGAAACGUGACCUUCGGGACUCCCUCCCUGAGGACAUCCUCAGUCAGCCGUUCCAGACGGAGACCUGGAAACACUCCACCUAUUCUGAUGUCACCUUCCGCUCAACAUCUGGCAGCCUGGGAGGCAACCUGGAGAGGACCCUCCUCUUCUCCUCCGGCUCUUUCCUCCCUUGUUCUGCCGUGGUAAACCUCACUGUCCAUGCUGCUGGCCGGGCCUUCAACCUGCUGGAGCUGGGACUCCAGCUGGAAAAUGCUGAAGACAUCAUCCACAGUCUACUGGGCCCCAAAUCCUUCUGGAGGCAGGAAGAGAAGAGAGAGGCUGAGCCAGAGAAUUCUUGGGGGCCAGAGCCAGACCUGGACAGCUCUGACUGUCCGGGAGAAAGAUCCAGAAAGAUGAAGGACCUCCAGGAGAAGGUAGCCCGGUGGUACGGGGCAAGACCAGCACCAAGCUGCCGGCUGAGUGUCAAAGUGUUCGGGCACGAGCUGAGCUUCCUGGACUGUGGGCCUCUGGGGGACCACAGGAGACGCUGGUCUCUGCACCUGGCUGAACUUGCCAUGACGUUCCUCAAGGGGCAGGAGAUGCAGGUGACCCGGAGGCUGAAUCUGGCUGUGGGGGAGCUCUUCUUUCCCACAAUGUCUGGCAUUCCAGCCAGGCUCACCAUACACGCCCUGGCCACUGUCAGCAUCCAUGUCCAAGGCGUGGCUGACUUUCAGCAACUCUCAGAUUUCUCCCUGAGGGGUUACAUCAAGCCCAGUGUCCUCCUUCAGGUCUCGGCUCAGAUGGGCACCUCAGGGACCCUGGGGCAGGCCGGGCUCAGGUGGUUGACCCGUGUCCGUGGCACCGCCAGCCUAGACGGUGGGAUCCAAGUGAGGAAGGGUCAGAACCUCAGAGUGCAUCUGAACGCCCCAGAGGACUCAGUGGAGCUACUCAGCUUCAGCUCCAGGCUGUAUCUUGUCACCGGGGACAGUGUGAAGAACCUAAGUGAAGGUCAGGGCUUCUCCAAGUCCUGGUCCUGUACCCAUGAAGCGUCCCAAGCCUGGGGUUUGCAGCUGUGUACUAAUGUGGCCUGGCCAGGGCCCGGUCAGCCCUCCCUGCUCUCCGUACCUGUGUUCGCGAAUUUGAUUCUGAAGAAGCAGGACCCAGGACUUCAGCUGUACCUGCUGGAAGCUGCCUACACCCUCCAUUUCCAGAAGGACAGUUGGCUCCCGGAAGAAGCCACAGCCCACCUCUUCAUGGGUACACCCCAGUCAGGCGUGGCCAGGGACGUGGGCGUGGACAUCAGCUACAGCGUGCCGCAGAGGACGUGUCGGCUCAAGCUGCUGCACCCCAAAAAGAAAAUUCAGCUGGAUGGUAAGAUGGAGGUCCUCAAGAGUACACGCAUGGGCCAUCUGGAGCUGGUACUCGACGACAAGGAUGUCUAUUAUGUCAAGGGCCAGAGUGACCUGCAGCCAGAGUCGGGCAACAAGACCCAGCGGUUUGAGGCCCAGGUGGAGGCAAAGUUGGUGACAGCGGGCCGACCUAUAGUCCUUGAUGGGAGCAUCACGUGGCAGGCAGGCAGCAGGCUGUCCAUCUCUGCAUCUCUGAGGCGCAUGCUGAAUGACCAGGCUCACUUAACAGUGUUGCUGGAGAAGAAGGCGGAGGCUGGGCUGCAGUCGGCCACCUUGGACAUCCAGCUGCAGGUUCCAGGUGUAGCAGAACUCCACAUGCAGGGCCUGCUGGAGCAGCAUGGCCCUGUGGGAAGCAGCACCCUGAGGAUCAAGUACGGCCUCCUGGGUCAGACGAGGCGUGUUGCCCAUGAGUGCAGUACCCACCAGAGGCUGAGGCUGGAGAAUGGCCCCAAGGACACCCGUGAGUUGGAGCUGGCCCAUGAGUUCCACUGCACACAGCUCCCGGUCAUCAGUAACAAGGUCCAGCUACAGUACACACAAGGCCUGGACCACCUCCGCUGGCUGCUGGAGGCCAGCUACGGGGAGCGGUGGGCUGAGAGCAGCAACAAGAGAUUCUUGCGCAUCAGCCAGACCUUCAAGAACGAUUCCGGACCAGCACUCCGCAAUUACUUCCUGGAGUUUGCAUUGCAGGUCCCGGAGAGGCGGGUGGCCUGCCUCACACAGCUGUUCCACUUGAGCCUCCGGCAGCCCCAUGUCAAGAGCAGCACAUACCUGAAGGUGCUGCUCAACGGGCAGCUGCCCUUGGCCGUAGGCUUGCACUGGAAGGACACAUCCAGGGCCGCCCUGUGGAGAUGGGAAGGAGCCUUGACCUUGGACAGUCCAUGGCUCACAGUGUCGGCAGCUCACAGGCUCUACUGGCCACACUGGACCGAGUUCCAGGCUGUCUCAGAGCUGACGCUGGCCAAGGCCUGGACCCUCAAGGAUCUGGUGGUCAGCAUGACCUGCAGGAGCCAGGGCCAUGACAGGGAAGUCAAGAUCCAGGUGUACACUGAAGCCACCACCUAUCUCUGGGUUUCCAUGGUGACAACCUUGAUGCCAGGCCUGUUCCACAGCAGGAGUGAGCUCCAGUCAGCCUGGAGUGCAACUGUGCAGAGUGAGGUCCGUGCAGAGAGCAGCCAGCACAGGAAGGUCCUGCACUGCUGGCUGAAGAGUCUCCCGCGGGAGCUGAACCUCACAGCAGCCUACAAGCACACAAGGAAGCCCCAAAAGACCUAUGUGCUGCUGACAGUCCUGGGGACUGGUGUCCUGGGCCAGCCUGGAGGCCUGCAGCUGGAGGGAGAGCUGGAGCAGCUGCAGAGAGGCAAGACAUUGUACCAGAAGCGGGGAACAUUGCUCCUCAGGCACCCCUGGCACCUCCUGGUCCCUCGGAGCCUCCUCUUGCAGGGGACCUUCACGGUGGACAAACAGCGCCAGCGUCACUUCCUGGAGACCAAGGCUGUCCUGAACGGCCAGGAGGAGAUCCUACACACUGCGGUGCUGGGCUGCCAGGCUGGACACCCCUAUAUCUGCACAGGCCUGACCCACCCCUUCGAUGAUAAGGUUGUCCCCAGGAGCCUCGAGGGGUGCCUGGAGGCUUGGAAUCUGAGCAAUGCUAAGAACAGUGAGGUCAAGGCUACAUUAAAAGUCAACCAGAAAGUCAUUCUGCAUCUGAAGGGUUUACACCAGGGCAGCUCUCAGCACAGAGGGAUCCGGCACAGCGUGGCUUUGGAUGCCACCCAUUCCUCCCAGACCCUCCGCUUGAACGGUGGCUUUGACCUCACAUGGCCUCGACAAGGAGCAUUUGACUUCAGCGUACGUGUACAAGCUGCUACCAACCACAGUGCCACAUCCCAGGUCUUGGUCCAGCUGAACAAAUCAAGCUCCCACUUGGCAUUUUUCUUGCAGCUCCAUCCUCCAGACGGCCUUGCCUUCCCACCCAGCUUACAGGUGCAGGCUGCCACAGUACGUCACAAGGGACGCAGAGUGGACAUGUCCCUGUCUGUGCAUGUGUCCGGCCGUGAGCUGCUUCUGUUAGAGGUGGACACCAGCAAGCAACACAUCAGGAGCCGCUGGGGCUGGGACUUGAGGGUCUCUCUCCACCAGGCUGUCUUCAGCACCCCCAGAACCCUUCAGCUACAGCUGGCCUUCAUGGUCACCCCAGCAAGGGCACAGCUGUUUUCCAAGGUGCUGCUGGACCAGGACUCCGUACAGCUGCUCCUAAGGAUAUCUGAGGGGAGACGAGAAGGCUGGGUCCUCAGCCUGCGGAGCCUUGCCCAGCACUCAGUGGCUGGCUGGACAAAAGUGCCCUCUGUCCUGAGCCUCAGGGGUGUGCUAAAGCAGAAGAUGACAUUCAGAGAAGGUUCUGUUAAGGUGGCCACCGACUCAGCCAUGCUGAGCCUCCUCCUGCGGGAUAAGCAUGAGGAGACAGGGAACAGUAGUUUGCACAGCAUGACCUGCACCCUCAUCCAGAACUGCAGCCAGGCCUUGCCAGCAGAGCUCCAGCUGAGAGGGCGGUGGCAGACCUCCUCCGGAGCCCUCAGGGACCAGGCCAGUGCCCGUGGUGACUUGAUCAGCCUGGCCCUGGAUGGGACCUGCACCUGGGAUCCUGGGCAUUGUCAGCUUUCAGGCAUCCUGACUGACAGCUUCAGCCGGUUGAGGGUCGCAGUUCCUAGGGGCUGUUCUUUAGACACCUGGAGAGGCCCAAGAUGUCUCAGCAAUGGUCUCUGGGGACAGUGGGACUCUACGAGUCUGUUUUGGGGCUCAGGAGUCCUGCAGAAUUCUAGCUCCAUUCUGACCCAUUCUGGAUUGGGCCCUUUUGAUCUCUCUUUGCUUCUACCCACUGCCACCUGUUCUGGUGUCUCACCUGUAGGAACAGCCUCCAAGGCUGGGGUGCAAGUAACUGAUGCCCAGGAUUCUUCCAACCACCCAGCACAGAUAGAAUGGUGGAGUGCAAACUGUCACCUCCGUGGCCACCUUAACUCCUCAGGCCCCACCAUGCCCAGCCACAGGCCCUGGGCCCUCCCCUUCUCCAUAUAUGGCCAUGGGCACAUCCAGGUCUGCUGCAGUGGAGAUACCUCACCUGCUCAGCUGUUGGGUCCGCGCCAGGGGAACACUGACCUGGUCUCCAUGGACGUUUGUGAUGGUGCCGCCAGCUUUGAGCACUCCACACAUAUCUCAACAGGCCCUAUAUCCAUCAACUGCUCUGUCAACUACUGGGCCCACGACAGCCGUCUGGAGCUCUGGGGCCACAGCCGACAUGACAGUGAGGCCCUGCUGCAGGCUGGGGUCCCAGAGGAGCUGGACCUGCAAGCUGAACUACAGAUGCAGGAGACCAAGACGUGGGCCCACGUGGUCCUCCGUGGCAGGGACAGCAAAGUGAGUGUGGAUGCGGCAGCCUUGCUGGCCCGGCUGCCAAACGGCACACUGGAGGUGACAGUGAACACCAGCCACACCGUGCAGGCUUUCCAGAGACGAGGCCUGCCCUCCAACAGCCAGUUACUAUUCCGAGAACUCUGGACCUUGGAAGACGUGAGUUCCUUCCUGCAAAUCACUUGUGACACCCAAGAUAUUCUGUUCCUCCAUGUCCAUGGCCAGAACCAUGCCAACAGUAAAGAGCUGCUGCUGCGGACCAGGCACCACCUCCCCUCCCUCCUGGGCUGCUGUCCCCGCUCAGCUUCCGUCACAGCCAAGCUCUGGUACUCUGAGGAGGAGACCAAAGGCACUUUUGUCCUAGAGGUGGAGGAGCGCUGUUUCCAUGUCAACACCACCCUGCUGGCUGCUCAGGACAGCCUAGACAAUGUCAUCCAGCUGCAGCAGACCUUCGCCCAGCUCAGCACCCUUCCCACAGAGCUGUCCCUGAGGACCGUGAUCCAGAGAGUACAAGGCACCCACAUCCUGUACCAGGUGGUGCUAUGGGAUGGCAGGGAGGUGGCCCUCAAUGGGAGCCUCUCCCGGCCCCUCUCAGAGUUCUUAGGGAAUAUCCGUCUUCAGGCCAUGACCUCACUGCCACCCUCUCCACCCAUCUCCCCCACAGUGGAGUUCUCCCACCAGCUGUCCCUGUCCCUGCCACGACACUGCAGACUCCAUCUGUCCUCAGAGUACUCUAGAGGCAGCCACCACAGUGACCUGGCUGUGGCCUGGGACAAUAAAGACCAGGUUCAGCAAUCAUGGGACAGAGGCUCACCUGUGACUCUGGAGGUCACCUGGGCUGACAGGUCCUCUCCGCACAGCGUGGCCUGGGAUAGCUGCCUAGCUGCCUCCCUAGGUCAGCUCCAGGGAACCUGGGGCCUGGGCCCGCUGCAGGCCUGCGCGGCCCUGACUCAGACCCCGGGCAUGUUCAGUGAGCAGCUUGAUCUCUCCUGGGGCCGACGCCGGCUGCAGCAGAACGUGACUUAUGAGAAGCACCAGAUACCCCAGUGGGACAAGAUCCAUGCAGCGGCCACACUAGAGCACAUCCUCCCGGCCUCCUGUGCCCAGCACAGCUUCCAGGGGACGGUGGAGACGGACUACACCCACAAGUUACGCCACACCCUCCGCCUGGGCCUUUGCAACUUGCCCAGGGCCCUCUCGUUCUCCGGGGAGCACAGUCUGGACCAGGGUGCACUCCUGCUGCGUUCUCAGUACCAGCUGGGUCUUGCUCCAGACCCUGACCAGGGCCUGCACUUUAGCCUCACCCUCUACAACCACAGCCGACCUAAUGCACCGGACUUCUCUGGGCAGCUGGAGCUCCAAGGCCCCAGAGCUCAGCAGCUCCUCCUCCUGGGCCGCAUCUCUACCUCGGCUUCCCACAGCUUGGUCCAGCUGGAGGGCAGCGUGGAUAAGGAUGAGAAACUAAGGCUGUUGGUAUCCCGGGCCCUGAGCUGUCUUCAGGCUUCUGUCACCCACGUAGAAGGGAGCAGAGAAGAAAGUGUGACGCUACAGGCAUGCGCCCACAGGAGAGCCGUGAAGGUGGAGACCCUGCUCCACAACAGUGGGCAGCGUGCCCAGCCACUGGGCCGCCUGACCCUGCAGGCGGCCAACCAGAGCCUCGUCCUAGUCGCACAUGGCUGUGAGGGGGCCCUGCUGAGCCACGUGGGGGCCACCAUGACAGCAAUUGGCUCCCGGAUGCGAGCCCAGCUGGAAGAGAAGAUCCAAAGCCUGGAUGCCUAUGGGAGAGGGUUCCAGAACCUGGUACAGCCGGUGGGCACCCUGGCCAGAGCAGCAGAUUGCCUGGUGCAAUUGACCCAGGUAGGGCUGGGUGCAGUUCAGGCAGGUGCCCAGGUGGUGACCACCUUGUGGGGCCGAGGCCAGGCCAGGCUCAAGCUGACCAGUCACCUGCCUCUCUACCUGGAACAGCUGCAGGCAGAGAUGGAGCAGUUGCAGAAGGAGCUGGAACAGCCCCUGGCCACGCUGAAGGAGGCCUACUUGGAGGUGACGCUGCGGCCCCUGGAUGAGGUGUGGCGAGAGCGGGCUGAGGAAGCCAGGCAGUGGCUGCAGGCCGGGCUGCUCAGGCUGCCAGAAAGUUGGAGGCUAAGGCCCAUCCAGGUGGCCCUGGCAGCCAUGAUGGGUGCCCUGGAGCUGGCCACCCACCGUGCACUGUCCUGGGCUGAGGCUGAGGUCUCCUGGGCCUUGAGGAGGCUCUGCAAACCCUUAUGGGGCAUAUACAGUUACUCAGCCAGGAACCGCUCCCUGAUGGUAAGGCUACCACUCCUGCCGGGGGACCAGCCCCUGGAUGCGGCCCAGGUGGUCAGUUACCUGGUGGAGGAGAAACUGCUGUGGCCAGUCCGCAAGCUGUAUGAGGCCAACGUGCUGGCUGGGUUCUAUGGGUUUCGGCGGCGUCUACUGGGGAGCUCCUUCAAGCAUUACGCGGUGGUGGCCGGUGCCAGGUACCUGGUGACUUUCGAUGGACAGGUGUGGGGCCUGGGUCCCUGCUGUGGCAGCUUCCUGCUCUCCAAGGACUUCACUCACCAAACGUUCUCUCUGAUGCUGAGCCGCACAAGCUCGGGGUUCGCGGUCCUUCACGUGGAGCUGAACCACACGGCCCUGGUGCUGUAUCCGAGCCUAAAGGCUUACAAGCUGUACGACGCUGCCGGGCCUUGGGACGGCUGCUGGGAUUUAGACCCGCCUCCUGCUACGCUGAACACUGGGCCCAAGGUUGAGCUGAGCAGCGAGGAUGGUGUGUCUGUCUCCUGUGACGUGCCAGCAGGCCUCUGCGGCCUGACACUGGGCCUGUGGCACCACGGUAUAUCGGCUGGCCUUCUGGGUACCAACAACAAUGAGGCAGAUGAUGAGCUAAUGCUGCCAGAUGGCACGGAAGCUGCCAGCCUGGAGGAGCUCACCCAGGCCUGGCAGGUGGGUGAGGACUGUGAUGCUGUAAAGAGGAUGCAGCAGCCAUGUUCAGGACACAGCACCAUCUGCCAGGCCUUCUUCCAGGAGCCCCGCUCCAGUCUGGGGAACUGCUUCCAGGUGGUGGACCCUGCCCCAUUCCUCAGACUGUGUGUCCAGGACACCUGUGACCCCAUGGAGCUGCAAGCUGCCUGCCACCUAGCGGCUGCCUAUAUCUACCUGUGUGCCCAGGACUCUGUGCCCUUGGCCCUUCCUCUGCAGUGUGGUGUUUGAGAGCUUUUCCAAGUCAACACAGGCUGCCAAAGAUGUCAAGCUCUUCGCCUUCGAGGCCAAUCCUAGUUCCUGGGCGAGGUCCUUGGCUGGGAGAGGACCACCAGUGCAGACGGCCAGGAACCCGAGAGAAACAGCCUCAUCCCCAGUGUCUGCAGUGACUCCCAGCUGGCCCGGGGCAUCCAUUCCGCAACUUCACUGCACGGCGGCCAGGCCGAGGUACACACCUCCGGCACCCACAUCGAGAAACACCCAGAAGCUGUUUCUUCAACCUGAGCCUUGGGGUGGCAGUGACCGGGAGGAUGCAAGGCUGGCUGGCCCAGGCUCCCCCGCCACAGGGGUUCUCAGAAGGUCUGAACUUCCUGGAGGGGAGCCAUGGCCUCCAGACUCGUUAGGGAGCUUCCUUCUCUAGGGUGCACACACAGGAUGCUUCCAGCCUGGGGAGAAGGCUCCUUUUCGAGGGACAUGUGACAUGAAUAUGUAGGGCCUGGGCCACUGGACAGCAGGGUUUCUUGUUGUUUGUUUCUCUUGAGAAAUAGACUUUUUUCUUAAGUUUUCAACUGCAAAAUAAAGCUGGAGGAGU